AUGUCUCGAAUUGGAUCUGUGACUCGGGUUGCCCGUGCUGCACGGGCUGCCACCACUGGUGUCGCUCGGAACCUCUCUUCGACCUCUUACCAGGCUGGCUUCAAGCCUCUUGUGGCCUCCAACGGCUUCAAUGGCGCUAUCGGCAACACUCCUCUGAUUCGAAUCAACCACCUGUCGGACGAGACUGGCUGCGAAGUCUACGGUAAGGCCGAAUUCAUGAACCCCGGUGGAUCCGUCAAGGACCGUGCUGCUCUCUACGUGGUUGAGGAUGCCGAGCGAAAGGGCCUGAUCAAGCCCGGAGGAACCGUGGUGGAGGGAACCGCAGGAAACACCGGUAUUGGUCUUGCCCACGUCUGCCGAGCCAAGGGCUACAAGUGUGUCAUCUACAUGCCCAACACCCAGUCCCAGGGUAAGAUUGACCUCCUCCGACUGCUGGGAGCCGAGGUUUACCCCGUCCCAGCUGUCGCCUUUGACAACCCGCAAAACUACAACCACUUGGCCAAGGCUCACGCUGAGAAGCUUGGAGCUGGAAAUGCCGUGUGGACUAACCAGUUCGACAAUGUUGCCAACCGACAGGCUCAUAUUGAGACCACUGGUCCCGAAAUCUGGGCCCAGACCGACGGCAAGAUCGACGCCUUCACUUGUUCUACCGGAACCGGAGGCUCGUUUGCUGGAACCAUGCGAUACCUGAAGGACGUUUCCCACGGCCGAGUCCAGUGCAUUCUUGCCGAUCCCCCUGGAUCCGUGCUCCAUUCUUACGUCCAAUCCGGAGGUAAGCUCACUGAGCGAGCUGGUUCUUCCAUCACUGAGGGUAUCGGUCAGGGCCGAGUCACUGAGAACUUGGCUCCCGAGAUUGCCGAGGUCGAUGGCUCUGUUCAAAUCCCUGAUCAGGCAACCAUUGAGAUGGUUUACAACCUGCUGGAUAAGGAGGGUCUCUACCUUGGUGCCUCUUCUUGUCUGAACGUUGUUGCUGCCUACGAGGUUGCUAAGCAGAUUGGCCCAGGCCAUGUUGUGGUCACUCUGCUCUGUGAUGGUGCUCACCGAUACGCCGACCGGCUGUUCAGCAAGAAGUGGCUCGAGUCCAAGGGACUCACCAUUCCCGAGAAUCUCCAAAAGUACGUUGUUCUGGAUUAA